AUGUCGACCAGGACAGGGUUCUCCGUCCUCGUGCUGCUCUUGUUGUUGGGGCCAAGCCAGGCCAACCAUCUGUGCACCAGUCAGAGAGGCGCAAAAGACGACGAUUUUGGUCCUUGCAACCUUGCCGCAAUCCUGUCACGUAAUUAUAGUUUGCAGGGAGGGAUAGCAGGACCGGAGUGUUUCAACAGAGAGCCAGAGCCCGAGCUAGGGGGAAACCACCCCAAAUCAUGGUCGUCCUGGCUUGAUUUCCUGAACCGGGCAAUGAUCAGUGAUAUUGACAGGCAUUUGAUAAUAUCAGUGUCUUAUUGUCAUCGAGCAGUCCAACCGCACGACACCGUUCUAGAAGCAGGAUGGAAGAACGUUGAUCGAAUGAUCGACGCCACCAAACACUCUCAACUUUGGGGGUGA